AUGAAAUCUCAUUUAUAUCGAACAAUCGGCUCUCAGAUUUUGACAUAUGAAGAAUUCUCCACUAUUCUAACCCAAAUUGAAGCAGUGCUGAAUUCUCGGCCAUUAUCGGUUAUAAGUGCCGAUCCCAAUGAUUUACAACCAUUAACUCCCGGUCACUUUCUGACCUUAGAACCUUUAACAAUUGGUUUUCCAGAACCUGAUCUGACCUCUAUCCCUCUUAAUAGAUUGUCAAGAUGGCAACUAAUUCAACGUAUGCAUACUGAUUUCUGGAAACGUUGGUCUCAGGAGUAUGUACAUUUAAUGCAAGAACGGCAUAAAUGGACCGAACCUACUCCUGAAAUAAAAUUGAAUUCAUUAGUUCUGAUCAAACAUGAAACAGAAUCUCCGUUAUCUUGGGAAUUGGGUAGAGUCAUAAAGCUUCAUCCCGGAAAAGACAAUAUUGUUCGUGUAGUCACACUUAAAACUGCACAUGGGAUAUUACAAAGACCAGUUGUCAAAAUUUGCCCUUUACCUGGCAACUAA